AUGCGUGUGCUACUCAUAUUCUUUCUUCUUCUUUCGAAACAAUGUUUGGCAGUGAAGGUGAAAGUGGCUCAUAUCGGAGCAGUCGGUGCUAUGAAAAACUCGGAGAAGAUAUUGCAACUCUCAAAAGAACAACUGAUUCAGGAAGGUGUUCUUGGCGAUGAUUUUCAGAUUGAAAUUCUGAAUCAAAUGGGGUGUGGUGAAUCGUAUGAAGGAGUUGCUGUCGGUGCAGAUAUGUAUCAUGUUCAAGGUGUUCGUGCUUUCAUUGGACCGUAUUGUAAUGCUGAGUUGGAUGCUGUCGCUAAAAUGGCAACAUUCUGGAACAUUCCUAUUGUUGGAUACAUGGCUUCGUCGAAUAGUUUUGCUGAUAAAUCGGUGUUCAAAACGCUGGCAAGAGUCUCUCUGAGAACUACAAAUUCGUUGGCGGAAGCAGCGGCUGCAUUGAUAAAACAUUACGGAUGGAAUAAAGUAGCAAUUGCAACUAAUACAGGAGCAGUUGCAUUCGAAAGAGUUCAAUCUUUCGAAGAAGUUUUUCAUCAGAGAGGAAUCAAUGUUGUUCGGAAAAUCAUGUUGGACGAGUAUACGAAUGCAAAGGCUAUCAUGAACAGUGGACUGCUUCAGGAGCUCGAAAAUAGUGCGAGAAUUGUUGUUUGUGCUUUCUCAUCUACACGAGAUAUGACAAAGGAAUUCAUGCAAGCAGUCACUUUAUCUGGAAUGAAUAAUGCCAAUUAUGCAUGGAUCCUUCCUUGGCUUCAGAUCGAAACUAAAGAUAAUGCACCAUGGCUUGGAGAUGAUGGAGAAUAUCAACAGAAUGUGAAGGAUCACUUUGCAAAUGCUUUCUUGAUUGAUGAUGUGAAUGGAUUUGAUAAUACCUUGGUGACUCCAUUCAAAGAAAGAUUGGAAUCAAACGGAUAUUCAACUGAUGAUCUAGAAAUGAAAAAUAUCUAUGGAUAUAUCCAUCUCUAUGACGCUCUGAGACUUUAUGCCCUGGCUGUUCGUGCAACAAUGAAUGAGACUGGAGAUGAAAAUUCGUAUUUGAAUGGAAAAGAAGUCUGGAAUCAUAUGAGAAGAAUCAGUUUCCCUGGACUUGUAUCAAAUGCAGGCGUCACUUCUGGAACUGUUAUGAUGGAUGAUAUUGCAGAAAGAGCACCUGUUUAUGCCGCAUUCUAUGUACCACCAAACAGUGAUAACGUGAGAAAAGUGUGUGAGUUGGAGCCCGUUCUCCUUACAAAUUGUGAUGGAACAAAAACUGGAAACGGAUGUUAUGAACUGCAAAUUACUGAUCUCUCUACCGGAUUUUGGCCAUCAGUUGAUGGAACCCUUCCUCCAGAUGAGCCAGUUUGCGGCUAUCGGAAUGAGAAAUGUGAUUAUACGACACUAAUUAUUGGAGGAAGUGUCAUCUUGGUAAUUAUUCUUCUAAUUAUUGCUGGAUUCUUCGUUUCCCGAGUAUGUGAAAAUCGUGCACUUGCUAACACCCCAUGGCGUAUCUGGCGUGACGAUUUCCGGGUGAUUCAAGAAGAUGAAAUGAAAUCAAUGCUCUCAAUCGGAUCAUCCAAAACUAAAAUGUCAAAUAUGAGCAUGUUUGUGAAACAUCAUGCAGUCGUUGGAACGAAUACUCACGCAUCAUUCCAUUUAUAUCCACAAAGAAGACCAAUUGUAUUCAAUCGACAGGAUUUACAGCUCUUGAAUCAAAUGAAACAGGCGGUGCAUGACAAUUUGAACCCGUUCCUUGGAAUGUCGUUCAAUGAAAAAGAAGAAAUGGUUGUUCUCUGGAAAUUCUGUUCAAGAGGAACUGUUCAAGAUAUGAUUUACAAUCAGGAAGUAACUCUUGACUCCAAGUUUCAUGGAGCCUUUAUUCGGGAUAUCACUCUGGGAUUGGAGUAUUUGCAUUCUUCAAUUAUCGGAUACCAUGGAUCGCUCACUCCAUGGUCAUGUCUUAUUGACAGAAAUUGGAUGAUCAAAUUGACCGAUUUCGGAAUAGCAAAUCCAUUGGAACGGUGGGAAAAGUUGGGAUUGAUAUCGACUGAGACACUGAAAGAAGGAGAUGACAAGAGUGGAUCAGCACAGAGAACAAGUAUUCUGUAUCAACCACCUGAAAUGUUAAAGAAUCGAGAAUCGAAUCGGAUGAGAAGAAUGGAUCAAUCGUGGGUAAAACAAUCACAAGCAAGAAGGCAGAUGGCAGAUAUUUAUGCAUUCGGAAUGGUCAUGCAUGAGAUUCUUUUCUGUGCUCUUCCCUUCCCAAAUGGAACAAAUGUUUCGGAAGUUAUGGAUUACAUUCGAGAUGGAACCAAAUCAUUCCGUCCGACAAUUCAUGAUCGAUCACAGAUUCAUCCAGAUCUUGUGGCUCUUCUGUUGGAUUGUUGGAAUGAAAAUCCAGAAGUUCGUCCAUCGAUUCGGCGUGUCAGAUUGAAUACAGAGAACUAUCUGAAAGUAAAAGGAUCUCUCGUCGAUCAAAUGAUGAGAAUGAUGGAACAGUAUGCAAACAAUCUUGAGAAGUUGGUAGCUGAGAGAACAGGAAUGUUAGAGGAAGCUAAUGUGAGAGCUGAUAAACUUUUGAGUCAACUUCUUCCGAAAUACGUGGCAAAUGAGUUGAAAAUGGGACGAUCUGUACCUCCGAAGACAUUCAAUAUGGCUACUGUCAUGUUCAGUGAUAUCGUUGGAUUCACCACAAUCUGUUCAUCUUCAUCUCCUCUAGAAGUUGUCAGUAUGCUGAAUAACAUCUAUAGCAAAUUUGAUGAUGCAAUCAACAAACACUCUGCUUAUAAGGUCGAAACCAUCGGUGACGCCUACAUGAUUGUCUCUGGAAUCCCUGAAGAAAACGGAAAUGAGCACAUUCGGAACAUUUGUAACACUGCUCUUGAACUCAUGCUCCUUCUGAAAACCUAUGAAAUUCCACAUCGUCGAAGCGUGAAACUCCGUAUCCGUCUUGGUAUUCAUACUGGAACAGUUGCCGCUGGAGUUGUCGGGCUCACUGCACCUCGUUAUUGUCUUUUUGGAGAUACUGUAAAUGUGGCAUCUCGAAUGGAAUCAACGAGUGAACCAGAGAAGAUUCAAAUGAGUCAAGAGGCUCGUGACUUCUGUAUUCGCUACUAUCAAGAAUUCCAAAUUAUUCUUCGUGGAGUCGUCGAGGCAAAAGGAAAAGGACCGGUGACGACAUAUUGGCUUCUGGGAAAGCAGACGGAAAACCAGAUGCAACAACAAAAUUUCUCUCAACUCGGUAUCUAG